AUGCAGUUUGAAUCUCGAUUCAACCUAUUGCACAUUCAUGAGCGAUGUCAGAGUGGGCUGGACUAUGACGGCCGUCCAGGUUUGUUAACCUGGUGCAAGAAAAGCUCGUCGUCAGGGCUGUGUGUUGUCCUAUUUGUGAAAGAUGAGUUUGCAGACAUCAAAAUUUCUGAAGUUGAUAGACAGAGGUUAAAGAUACAGAAUUCGACCAAGAUGAAACAAGGUAUUUGUAAUUCUUUGGGUAUUAUCGAAGAGUUGGAGGAGUUAUGUGAGGAAUGUAAAGUCGUGGUUCACAUUCCACGCUUCAUUACUAGAGAAGGGGCUUGGACUGCUGAGGUUUGGGCUUUCGCUGAACCCUGCAGACUAAGUCCAUUUGAACUGAACUUUGUUACCAUUUCUGGUGUUUCGUGUUAUGAUUUCUGCCGUGCUUGUGCAAAUUUAGUGAUUUCGUGGUGCUUGGAUCCUAUACAAUCUCAUUGUGCAGGCAGUCACGGGCAUCUGGAGAGAGGUGGAGGUGCAAGCUCAUUAAAUUCUGGACAAAACCUUGAAACAAGGCAACAAAAGUUGGGUGAUAGUAGAGAAAAGAAAGCAGAAAGUUCUAAGAAAAGAUUCUCUCGUUUGUCAAAAGAACUAGACAUAGACGAAAGGUGGUUUCUACUUCUUGAUUAUUUGAGCACUUUUGGUCUUAAGGAAUCACACUUUAUUCAAAUGUAUGAAAGACAUAUGCCAUCCCUUCAGAUAAAUGUUGACUCUGUAGAGGAAAGAUUAGGAUAUUUGUUGAGUGUUGGUGUCAAACAUAAAGAUAUCAGAAAAAUAAUUUUGAGACAGCCUCAAAUUUUGGGUUACACCGUAAAAAACAAUCUGAAGUCCCAUGUUGCCUUUUUGGGAAGCUUGGGCAUUCCAGAAUCGAGAAUAGGGCAAAUAAUUACUGCCACCCCAUCCCUGUUCUCUUACAGUAUUGAUAAUUCUUUAAGACCUACAGUCAGGUACCUUCUUGAGGAGAUAGGAAUCGAGAAGCAUGAUCUAAGUAAAGUUGUGCAGUUAGGCCCUCAAAUUCUGGUUCAGCGGAUAGACAAUACAUGGACUACUCGUUUCAAUUUUCUGACAAAAGAGUUGGGAGCACCCAGAGAGAGUAUAGUAAAGAUGGUCACGAAACACCCUCAAAUACUUCACUACAGCAUUGAAGACGGAUUACGCCCCAGGAUCAAUUUCUUGAGAAGUAUUGGGAUGUGCAACUCUGAAAUACUGAAAGUGUUAACUAGCCUUACACAGCGAAUUCGACCCCGCCAUAGGUUUUUGGUUUCCUUGAAGAAAGCUCCGAAGGGACCAUUCCCUUUGAGUUCACUGGUUCCAACUGAUGAAAGCUUUUGCCACCAGUGGGCAGGAACUAGCUUAGACAAAUAUCUGGAUUUUCGGGAGAGAUUGCUUCUCAAAGAGUUUGCAAAGAAGUACGAAAGGCAAUGA